AGUCCGUGCGCAGAGGGGGCCUGACAGGCGCUACUGCGCAGGCGUGGGGCUCUUAGGUCUACCCAGGAACUGGCCAGGUUCUGUCUUUUGGUUCAUAGACAUGGGCACUCCACAAAAGGAUGUUAUUAUCAAAUCAGAUGCACCUGACACUCUGUUAUUGGAGAAACACGCAGAUUAUAUCGCUUCUUAUGGCUCUAAGAAAGAUGAUUAUGAAUACUGCAUGUCUGAGUAUUUGAGAAUGAGUGGCAUCUAUUGGGGUCUGACAGUAAUGGAUCUAAUGGGACAGCUUCAUCGCAUGAACAGGGAAGAAAUUCUGACAUUUAUUAAGUCAUGCCAACAUGAGUGUGGUGGAAUAAGUGCUAGUAUUGGACACGAUCCUCAUCUUUUGUACACUCUGAGUGCUGUCCAGAUUCUUACUCUGUAUGAUAGUGUUAACGUUAUCGACGUAAACAAAGUUGUGGAAUAUGUUCAAAGUCUACAGAAAGAAGAUGGUUCUUUUGCUGGAGACAUAUGGGGAGAAAUUGAUACAAGAUUCUCUUUCUGUGCAGUGGCUACUUUGGCUCUUUUGGGGAAGCUUGAUGCUAUUAAUGUGGAAAAGGCAAUUGAAUUUGUUUUAUCCUGUAUGAACUUUGAUGGUGGAUUUGGUUGCAGACCAGGUUCCGAAUCCCAUGCUGGGCAGAUCUAUUGUUGCACAGGAUUCCUGGCUAUUACUAGUCAGUUGCAUCAAGUAAAUUCUGAUUUACUUGGUUGGUGGCUUUGUGAACGACAGUUACCCUCAGGUGGACUCAAUGGAAGGCCAGAGAAGUUACCAGACGUAUGCUAUUCGUGGUGGGUGUUGGCAUCUCUAAAGAUAAUUGGAAGGCUUCAUUGGAUUGAUAGAGAGAAACUUCGUAGUUUUAUCUUAGCAUGUCAAGAUGAAGAAACAGGGGGAUUUGCAGACAGGCCAGGAGAUAUGGUGGAUCCUUUUCAUACAUUAUUUGGAAUUGCUGGAUUGUCACUUUUAGGAGAAGAACAGAUUAAGCCUGUUAGCCCUGUUUUUUGCAUGCCUGAAGAAGUGCUUCAGAGGGUGAAUGUUCAGCCUGAGCUAGUGAGCUAGAGUCAUGGAAUUUGAUCUAGGUUCAAAAGUUGAAUCAUACAGUUUUGCCAUCUCAACGUUUCUGUAUUUGAAGUACUUGUUGAACUUAAAAACUAUUGUUAAAACUUUGUAUAUUGUGUUAAAUUAAUUUUAAUCAUGUAAUUAUAUAUAUUGUAAAAUAAAGACCUGUAUUUUAUUUUCCUUU